AUGGCACAGGAAUUAAGUCUCACGGAACGCCAAAUCAAAAUCUGGUUCCAAAACCGGAGGAUGAAGUAUAAAAGGGAAGAGAAACAAAGAGUGUCAUCUCCUACUCUGAAAUUCGCUUCAUCCGCUGCUAGUCCAACUACCACACCAGGAAUCCAAUCGAUAAGACCUAAACACCAUUUGGUGACAAUGAGGCAGGCUGGUCAUGAAACGUGCAUGUCACCGAUGCUACCGAGAAACCAGAGGGAAGAUAACGUUUGGUGUAACCAGUAUAGUUCGUAUCAACGUCUCCAACUAGAUACGAAUUAUUAUCAAUACAUGCCUCAGAAUCAUAACUGCUAUCGUGUGCACGUCGAACAACCUGUGGAGAAUAAUCCAUCGUGUCAGCCUUGCCUCAACAACCAUCCCACCUCAACAAGUACAGAACAGCCAGAUCAAUCUUUGGAACAGAAAAAUGAGUAUUCUGUUGCUUGGAUCAACCAAUGCUUAGGUAACGAAGGUGCCACUGAGAGUCUCAUUAGUUUAUAA